AUGCAGAAUACUGGCCGACUCUACACCGGUCCAUCUUCGUCAACGGGUGGCUGUUACGGGGGCCAACUUCACCUCGUCGGACCCAAGUACGUCGCCGAGGCCAAGGCUGCGUUUUUCAAAGUCGACAAGUCGGCUACGAGCUACAAUAGAUCCGCUUGA